ACUUAUUCAAGAAAUGAUUUGAUUAAUAAGCUGAGAUCUUUACGAGAGCCUUCUUCUAAAUCUUCAGAAAAAACUUUGAUAUCGGAAUCUAUUUGCUGUAAAAAUCAACUUAAUUUUUCUGAAAGAGUUGGAACAAAAAAUUUUCAAGUCUGAGGUGUCAAAUAUGACGCAGAGGAAUAUGCCUCUGCCAACAGGCUGGCGAAGAGAAAUCAGAAGACGAAAAUCAGGAAAAACUGCUGGAAAACUUGACAUCUAUUUUUAUGGCCCUGAUCAGAAAGUUUUUAGAUCAAAGCGAAGUCUCCAGCUGUACUUAGAACAAACUCUUUCUCCAUUUAAAAUUACUGAUUUUGAUUUCUGUCUUCAGGACGAGGAUAAAAAUGUAUCCAUUUUAAUAGGAAAUGAUUCUCAAAUAUCUCUUACUAACUCUGAUCAGGAAGCUGAAAAAGAAGUUUUUCGAAAAGAUAUUGAAGUUUCCAAAAACAGUUUAUCACUUAAUCAGAAUACAGAAGUUCCAUCUACCAAUUAUGAGACAAUUUCUGAUGUAAAAGAUGAAUUAAAAUUAAAAAAGCUCGGUCAAGCAAUUAUUUCUUCAACAACCCAAGGUACAAGUGGAAUCAUCAAGACAAGAACAUCAGGCAAAAGAAGUCCUUAUUUCAGAUCUAGAAAGCAAAAGCUACUUGAAUCAGUUCCUUGUUUUUUCAGGACUCUUUCAAAAUGGGAUCCACCUCGAUCUCCUUACAAUUUAAUACAAGAGGACUUGUAUCAUGAUCCGUGGAAAAUGCUUGUAGCUACAAUAUGCUUACAAAAAACUACAGGAAAGGCUGUUAAAAAGGUUAUAUCACAAUUUUUUGAUAAAUUUCCCACUCCUCAAGUUUUAGUAAAGUCACAACCUUCAGACAUCAUAAGUAUUUUACAACCUCUUGGUCUGCAAGAAAAGAAAUCGAAAAUACUUUUGCGCUUUUCUGAGGAAUACCUGAAAAAGCAAUGGAAAUACCCCAUUGAACUGCAUGGAAUAGGGAAAUAUGGAAAUGACUCAUACAGAAUCUUUUGUGUUAAUGAGUGGAAGCAAGUUGUACCAAAGGACCACAUGCUUGAAAAGUAUCAUCAGUGGUUGAUGAAUCAAUCUUCUGAAUCAUAAUAAUUUGUUUUUAAAUUUCCUAUAAUUUUUUUUAAAAUUCCAUUUCAACAUCAAAUCAUGCAUGCAACACUUUAAAUUAUCCAAUAAGUUGUAUUUUAUAAUUUUUCAUAAAUUAUUUUUUAUUGGAAAACAUUUGUAGAUAAUAUUUUACUAUUGCUUUUUUGAAUGUGUCUGAAUUACAAAUAUUAUUUUAAUGCAUCCAACAAGUUGUAUUUUAGAAUUUUUCAUACAUUAUUUUUUAUUAGAAAACAUUUGUAGAUAAUAUUUUACUAUUGCUUUUUUGAAUGUGUGUGAAUUACAAAUAUUAUUUUAAUGCAUUUUAUUAUAAAGCAACAUUUCUUCUGUACAAAGAAUAAUUGUUAUAUCCUUAAAUGUAAAAUAUUGUAAUCACUUUCUAUUUAUUACAUAAUAAAAUUGACACCAUACUUAAUAAUUUAC